ACCAUAAUUAACGACGUUCCAAUUUGCGUGAGAACGAAAAAAGAAAAAAAAAAACCCUAACGCACUCGAGACCCUGAGAUUUUUCAUCUUCGUUUCUCAUUCUCUUUUUGAUCAUGGACGUCGAGGUGCGGCAGAUCUUCAACAAGUUCGACAAGAACGGCGACGGAAAAAUCUCGGUGACGGAGCUGAAGGACAUGCUCGCGGCCCUCGGAUCCAAAACGACGGACGAGGAGUUGAAACGCAUGAUGGAGGAGCUCGACCAGAACGGCGACGGUUUCAUCGACCUCAAGGAGUUCGCGGAUUUUCACUGCAAUGGCGGUGCCGGAAAGGACGACUCGAAGGAGCUCCGCGACGCGUUCGAUCUCUACGACGUCGACAAGAACGGCCUCAUCUCCGCGAAGGAGUUGCACGACGUGCUCCGGAAUCUAGGCGAGAAGUGCUCCCUCAGCGAUUGCCGGAGAAUGAUCAGCAACGUCGACGCUGACGGCGACGGCAACGUUAACUUCGAGGAAUUCAAGAAGAUGAUGACUCGCUCUUAAUUAGGUUUGAAUCAAUAAUCAAUAAUAAGUUCAUUUUUAAAAGGUACGUACGUACGUUUACGCAUCUUCAUGUUAGGUUAGAAAGAACUAAGACCUGCACAUAAAGUAGUUAUUAACAUCUUUUCUGUACAUUCUCUAGCGUGACAUGUGGCUUUAGGUGUUAGGUUAGGAAUUGAAGAUUGAAGAACGAAGAAGUAGGGUUAGUAGAAUUUGUAGGACUCAGUUCUGUAGUUAUACAUAUGAUGAUAAUUCUUGCUUGUUUUUUCUUAAUUCCUUUGUCACUAAAACUCAUGAAUAUGAUUACUGAUUCUCAAUUUCAUGCACUGCGAUAUUUUUUGUUU